AUGAAAAGGCAUAGUUCUGCUAAUGUCUGUCGGUCGCACGCUGCACUCCAGACGUUCGAGCAGCCGCCCAGCUAUACGGAGGUCAACCCUGACUCGGACGUGAAGCUCGUCUGCAAGAUCUACAACAAGCGGGGACACUGCUCGUGGCAGAAGGACAACAAGCCCGUGGGCAUGUACCCCAAGAAGUACGAGUGGGCCGGCAGCCAGGAGCAGGGUGACUGCAGCAUAUGGAUCCGCAACGCGACGCUCAACUUCGACGACGGCCUGUGGGAGUGCCAGGUCACGGCGUCCGAGUUCACCACCGGAGACGCCCUGACCUCGCCUCCCGCCAAACUCGUCGUUAGAGUGGCGCCCCAGACGCCCCGGAUCGAGUUCAACGGCUCGCACGUGCUGCCCGGGCGCAACGUGUCGGUGCGCGUGGGGAACAGCGCCGUCGUCAAGUGCAUCUCCAGGUUCGGCAACCCGCCGGCCAACAUUCGCUGGCUGCUCGGGACGGAAGACAUCACUGCCCAGGCCAACCAGACGAACGCCACCGAGGAGGACAACCACCGGCUGUUCGUGGCGACCUCGUACGUGCGCAUCGCCGCCAACAGGGACCUGCACCGGAACCCCCUGCGCUGCGUCGCCAUGCACGAGUCGCACUCGACCAAGAGCCAGGACGCGGAGGUCCGGCUCGACGUCCAUUACCCUCCGGAGGUGAGCCUGACGGGCACGCCGACGUCUGACCUGGAGGAGAACGUGGACCGCGUGCUGCUGGCGUGCAAGGCGGACGCCAACCCGCCGGCCGCCGUCUUCUGGGAGGCGACGGACCGCGGCAACGAGCUCGUCUCCUCGCAGGAGACGCUGCAGUUCCUGCCGGUGACGCGCAAGAACGCGGGCCGGUACACGUGCCGCGCCAAGAACGAGGUGGGCUUCUCGCCCCCCGUCACCGUCUACCUCGACGUCAAUUCUUUGUCGCUGGCUUACAAACAACCCGUCUCUAUGACUACACUACUGAGCGUCGCCUCUGGUUGCCUGCUGCUACUACUCCUGCUUGUUCUCCUGUCGGUGUACGCCGUCAGAAGGGAAAAGUGCUGCUUUGCGAUAGGGAGAGGUGAUUUCAGGCCGGCGGAUUUAGAAAGUGAAAAGAGCGACGUGGACUCGACGUCGGGCAAGAAGACGCCGCGCAUCGACGGCUCCAACAACACGGUGGUGGGCAUCGGUCCGGACCACCACUACGGGCACCAGUCCCCCGUGCCCGUGCACCACCGGAUACCGCAGCACAUCACGGCGGGCGGGUCGCCGGAGGCCAUGAAGGUUAGGCGCAGCCAUGGUGCUGCAGGCGCCCACCCGGGUGUAGCACCCCGCUAACGGGGGCGCUCGGCCCGCCGCCGCCCCGCCCAGCCCCGCCACGCCACGCCCCGCCCCGCUUGGACAUGCCGCUGUAUGGCUCUGUACGCCCUGCCAACCCCGUGCCCCGCGCAACGCUCUCUUGUAGUGUGAGCAGCAGCGUGUGUUUGUGUGUGUGUGCGUGUGCGUGUCCUCACUGCCAAAGCUAAUGCCAGUUUCCGCCGUCCACUUUCUGUCUUCCUGUUGAGAAACCUCCUACUACUCUUCUUUAAAUCGUUCUCUUCUAAUUAAUUGUACGGACUGUAUCUUAUAACAAUUUUUCUCGUAAUAAUAUUUUAUACUCGCACACUUGUGCGUAAUUUAGCCAUGGGCUGUGAAUCAAGCUAUUUAACAUGACAAUAAUUUUUUUCGAAUUUUUCAAGCUCGAACGAGCUGCUUAGUUUAAGCAUGCGGGCGUUUGUCGCUCUCUGUACCCCUCUCUCUCUCUCUCCCUCCCCUCUGUCCCCUCUUUGUCUCUCUGUCCCUUUGGUGAGCGCGAUACACGCUUGGUGUUUGGCGCAGGUAAAGAAAGCUCAGCUUGUGAGCCACCGCCGUGCCAUGGACUGAAGUAGCUGAACGUUUUGGAUUUUAGUCAUGAGACUUGGUUUUGCGUGAACCACAACCCAGUCCGACGGACUGGGCCAGUCCUUAGCGCGUCGCAACGGUGUAGUAAGACUACCUUGCGGCGUCACAGAACGAGGGCUCAGCUCACUGAGCUUGCGGCGUGUUUUUUAUUUUACACGCUAGAUAAUCUUUAGCCCUCUUGUACCUAUUCCUGUGAUCGUUUCUUUGACAACGCUUCUCAUAUUUUUUCCGCAAUGUACGGUGUGCUUAGUGAAUUAAUUGUGUCAGAACAAUUGUAUUAUUCACCGGUUAUUUCGUUUGCGGGCAAGGUGACCCACGCUGGUGUCCGAGUGAAUUAACGUUUUUGUGUGUUCCGUGUGAUUUUAACGAAUGUGUGUCAAGACUCAUUGUAUGUUGAAAAUGUUUUGCUGAUCUCACUAGAAUCCCUAGAGGGUUUGAUCUCCAGUCAGCACCAAUAUGUCUUCCAUAUUUUGAACUGUCUUGAUUUUCUUUUAAAACCUUCUGAUAUCACUUUUUUUGCACGGUAACAUUGCACUUUUUUGUCACCAUCACAUUUUUUCUGUGUGUUUUUCGUGAAAUAAUUUUACUUAGCAAGCCUUUAUUAGCUGUGUUCUAAAUUCGGUCUGUGAGCCAGGCUUAAGAUCAUGACCUGUCCUUUGCUCUCUGACCAGUAGAACUCCUCCUGCUUCUGACCCUAGUAAGUGCAGGAAAACGUUUCAUUUAGAAUGUCGAAGUUCCUGCAUCCGUGCAACAAUGUUGUACAUGGUUUUACUGUAAUUUUUUUUUAUUGUACUUAGAGAGAAAAAUAAGCCUGAGACUGAUUACGUAGAAGUGCAAACUAGGACCAUGCAAGGCUCUCAUGUAGCGGACGUGCAUGCUUCAAUGCAAAAUAAGUCAACCAUUAUCGUUUCCCAAAAAUAUUUUCGCAUCAUGUCUUUGUUUUUUACUGGGCAAGACUCUUUAUCGAAAAACGUUUCAAUCAAAUCUCCCACAAAGAUUAAGAGAGCUACCAGAAUUCCCUUGUAGAAUUACUUUUUUGUAUCAUAUGUUGAGUUUUUGAGUGUUAAUUUUGUGAAUAAUUAUUUAUACUUAUGUAAUAUAGUAUUUAAAAAGCCCAAAUUAAUUCUGAGUGUAAAUUAUUAAAUAUAUAUUUGCAAGGUUUAGUCUUUGCCUAUUUAUGAAUGCAUCCUACCAGGUGCUUUUGUACAGUUCAUCUGCAUAGUCAGUCAAAUUUAGAUUAAAAGUGUAUAAAGAGAUUAUCAAUGAAAUGAGAAUGAUAGUGCAAAUAAAUUAAUAAUGUACAUAGAAUGUGAGCAACUGUUCUUAUAAAGCCAUGACAGUUGAUAACUAUUUGUAUUUGUGUCAGAAACGUAGCACACAAAUAAAUGUUACGAAUGUGUUAUAACAGAACGUAGCUGUUUUUUUUUAUCCUCAAGGUUAAUUUUAACGACUUCUUUACACUCAGAACGUUAACAAUGUUAUUUAUUUCCUACAAAAGCUAUCCAACAGUUUCAGACACUUGUGUUACCAUAUCAAUAUUCAUUCUCACAAGUCUUUCAUUGUUGCAAAACGCAGCCCGAGUCCCACUCGCUCUGUUACCUUCCCAAAACGUAUGCCAAAAUCGUCCACGUUGUUAAAGUAUUGUUCUCAUUCUUUAUGUGAUGUAGAUUUUUUAUUAAAUCUUCAAUUAGAUUG